CUAAAAGAAGUAGAUAAAUGUGAAGUUAACCUGUAAUUAUUUUUGACAUAGAGGUUAUGUAUCAAAAUGGCUAGCUCGUUAUGGAAUGUUAUUUGUAAAAAUAUAAAUGGAAAUAUAGGGCUUUCCGUUUGUGGAUCAAUAAGACAUGGACAUCAUUUAAGAGGAAAACCACCAGGUGUUGCGAAAUCCUUAGAAACAAAGCUAGCAGAAGCCAAUUAUAAAGAUCCUUCAAUUCAUUAUCGCGUUGAUAUAGGACUACCUCCACCGCGUGUUUCGAGAACGAAAGUAUUACAAGAUAGGUUAAAAUUAUUGAAAGAACAAAGAAAAAACACUGCUCUUGAAAAAUUAGCUAGAGAUAAAAAAUUAUUGAUAAAUUUAGAAGAAACUCAUAAAGAAUGGUUGAAAACAGCAGGACCUCAACAAAUUAAACAAAUUGGUGAUCAUUAUGGUGUUUUUGAACACUUAUUUGGUGAUGCAUAUUUCUACCCUAGAGUACCUUUAAACAUAUAUUAUGAAACUGAAAAUGGUGAUCUACCUGUUUACUUUGGAAAUAUUAUAAAGCCAGCAGAUUCAAUUAAAUGUCCAAAAGUUUUAUAUGAUAGUGAUGAAAAUAUACUUUGGACAUUAACAUUAGUUAAUCCUGAUGGGCAUUUUACAGAAAAUUCAAGUGAAUAUAUCCAUUGGUGUGUAACAAACAUACCUGGAAGUAAUAUAGAAAAUGGCGAAACCAUCAUUGAAUAUUUGCAGCCUUUUCCACCCAAAGGAAUUGGAUAUCAUAGAAUGAUAUUCAUACUGUACAAACAAGAUAAGAAAUUGGACCUCUCUUCAUUCAAAAAAGAAGGAACUUGCCUAACCUUAUCAGAGAGAACUUUUAAUACUUAUGAUUUUUACAAACAAUUUCAAGACAAUAUGACACCAGCUGGCUUGGCAUUUUAUCAGUCAGAUUGGGAUAAAUCUCUAAAAGAUUUUUAUCACCACAAACUAAAUAUGAAGGAACCCAUCUUUGAAUAUGACUUUCCUCCACCAUAUAUAAAGAAACAGAAAUGGUUCCCUAUAAGAGAACCAUUUAAUUUGUAUAUGGACAAGUACAGAGAUCCUAAACAAAUUAACAAAGAAUUUUUUAUGCGUAAAAUGAAAAACGUCCAUCCGUUUAAAGCUCCACCACCUCCAUUACCAUAUCCUAACGCUGUUUAUUUUGAAGGUUACAUUCCUUCCUGGCUUAAACUUGAAAUUAGAAAAUCGAGGCUGAAAUGGGGCAGGAUAAAUGACAUAGAAUAAAAUAACAAUGUAAUUAAUUAGAUGUUAAUACAUAAUUUUCAAUUACCAAAAUUUA